GAAAAGGCUAAUGCUAAACCUAGAGCUACGCAAUCAGGUGUACAGUUACCUACUCGAGGACCUUCAAACUAGUCUAAACGUCAUCGACUACUAUGAAGUCACAACAUCCAAGAGAGAUCGUCUUUUAAAUUUUCUUGCUCUUACUCGCGUCUCCCGCCAAAUUCGUGGCGAGCUCCUGCCCCUACUUGUAGAGUCCCAAGUAAUCCGCGUCCAUCUUCGCCAUGUUCCUGCAUUCUCAAACUCGAUACUCUGUCACCAUAUCUUCGAUUUGGGCAUUUCAAUCGAGAUACCCUUGAAGAUAGACAUUAUACUGGAUAUGUUCCCGAAUUCAGUCACAAAAAUGGACGCGGAUAUGGCUUCUCUCCUGAGGCUCGUUGUGACUCGACCGAAGCUGCAUUUGGCGUUUACGACUACCUUGAGGGGCAGAUGGCGGGACAAAAAGAUUCCCGGGGCAUCAGAGAACAGGGUCCAGGAACUUAAUCGCAUCUUCUCCCUUGAGCACCGAGACGCCUGGAAGUCUGCCCUUGAUUCAUCGAUAGCACGUGUCGAGCUCUCUGAAGUGUCAGAAGGAGAAUUUCUGGGAGAGUUUGACCUUUGCUUGCGGGAGGGGUCUGAGGUACCACCUCUGCAUGACCUUGGGUUUCGUGUUCAGAGUCUAGAUGCAGAGGGGCGGGUGCCACGGGGAAACGGACCAUUCUUGGACCGAAAUUGGAUUCGGGUGGUCAUUUAGACGGAGUGGUAAUGUGAGGCCUGUCUUCAUCGGUACGAAGAAAUCUUCUUCAGAUUCAGUCAGUACUGGGCCAGACAUGCUUGCCUUCCCAACUUUGUGUGGUUAGCACUAAUUACUGGGAAUGCGAAUAGGAAG